ACUUUCCAUUUCCACACACAAACAAUGGCAAGUCUCCCACUUUCCCUCCCACUCACCACCACUCACCACCGUCACCACCUCCCCAUCCACCGCCGUCCACCGCCGUCCCUCCGUCACCACCACCACCAACAACUUCACCUAACUCAAACACACACUAAAAACACCUUUAUCCCCACAGCUUACAUAACCGGUCCAGCAUCAGAUGCGAUAAUCGCCUCUGAUGAUCCCAAUAUCGAACCGGAUUCCGCUUCCGAACCGGUCCAACGGUUUAAUGCCGUAAAUUUAGGACUGUUAUUGAAACUCAUUUCUCAACAUAAAUUAAGAGUUUUUGCUUGUAUUUUUAGCCUUAUUUGUUGCACUACUUGUACUCUCUCUAUGCCUAUUUUAUCCGGAAGGUUUUUUGAGGUACUAAUAGGUGCAAGAUCGGAACCUUUAUGGCAGCUUCUCAGCAAGGUUGCAGUUCUAUACACAUUGGAGCCAAUCUUUACUGUUAUUUUUGUAGUAAAUAUGAACACAAUAUGGGAGAAGGUUAUGUCGAGCUUAAGAGCUCAAAUAUUUGGCAGUGUAUUGAUUCACAAGGUGGAGUUCUUUGACAAAUACAAGGUUGGCGAACUCACUGCCUUAUUGACAUCUGAUUUGGGUUCAUUCAAAAACAUUGUGAGUGAGAAUAUUUCAAGGGAUCGUGGUUUCAGGGCACUAACCGAGGUUGUUGGGACAAUGUGCUUGCUAUUUGUGCUGGCCCCCCAACUUGCACCAAUUUUGGGUGCGCUUAUGCUUGGAGUGUCUAUUUUAGUUGCGGUAUACAAGAGAUCAACUGUGAAAGUUUUCAAAGCCUAUGGGUUGACCCAAGCUUUAAUAGCUGAUUGCAUAACUGAAACUUUUUCUGCGAUCCGUACAGUAAGAUCAUUUGGUGGAGAAAAACGCCAAAUGUUAACGUUUGGUAACCAGGUUCUCGAGUAUCAGAAAAGUGGCAUCAAACUUGGAGUUUUUAAGUCUAUUAAUGAAUCAAUAACUAGAGUGGCAGUGUAUGUAUCUUUACUGGCCCUUUAUAUUCUUGGAGGAAACAAAGUUAAGGCGGGUGAGCUAUCAGUGGGAACUGUUGCUUCUUUUAUCGGAUACACGUUCACUUUGACCUUUGCUGUUCAAGGACUGGUUAACACUAUUGGGGAUUUGAGGGGGGCUUUUGCUGCUACGGAGAGAAUUAACUCUAUCUUAUCUGACUCUGAAAUCGAUCAAGCACUAGCUUAUGGAUUGGAAAAAGACAUCAAGCAAAUAGGAACAUAUAAUGACCUAGAAAUGUUUUUCAUAAACGACCCCAAUGAUAAAAGGAGAUCUCAAAACAUGAGGUAUAUGUCAUCUUUAACAACAGCCAGCAGUGUUCGCAAUCUUGCAAUCUCAGGGGAUAUAUGUCUUGAAGAUGUGCACUUUGCAUAUCCCUUGAGGCCUGAUGUAGAGGUCCUUAGUGGUCUUGAUUUGACACUAAAAUGUGGAACCGUCACGGCUCUAGUGGGCUCAAGUGGAGCUGGUAAGAGUACCAUUGUACAGCUUUUGGCACGAUUUUAUGAGCCAACUCAAGGUAGAAUAACAGUGGCAGGCGAGGAUUUGAGAACAUUUGAUAAGAGUGAAUGGGCCCGUGUAGUCUCCAUAGUCAAUCAGGAGCCUGUUCUUUUCUCUGUUUCUGUGGGAGAAAACAUUGCAUAUGGGCUUCCGGAUGAAAACGUGUCACGGGAUGAUGUUAUAGCAGCAGCGAAAGCUGCCAAUGCUCAUGAUUUUAUUAUAUCACUCCCAGAGGGGUACGAUACACUUGUUGGUGAAAGAGGAGGUUUACUUAGCGGAGGUCAAAGACAGAGAGUUGCUAUUGCGAGGGCUCUACUAAAAAAUGCUCCUAUUUUGAUACUUGAUGAGGCUACCAGUGCUUUAGAUACAGUGAGCGAGCGGUUAGUCCAGGAUGCUCUUAACCAUCUGAUGAAGGGAAGAACGACAUUGGUGAUUGCACACAGAUUAAGCACGGUUCAAAAUGCAGAUCAGAUUGCUCUGUGUUCUGAGGGCAAAAUCAAAGAACUGGGCACUCACUUAGAGUUAUUGGCUAAGAAGGGCCUCUAUGACUCUCUUGUUGGCACACAAAGGCUUGCAUUUGAGUGAGAAACAACAGCUGGACUAACAUACUGUAAAUGUGAGUUCUGAUAAUUUGGUGUUAUAUUAUAAGGUCAAUUUUGGUUCUGUUUGAUCUCGAACAGAUCAAAUUUAAGAUUAGCAAAAGGUGAAUGGGUUGAAUGUUGCCCAUGGUAUACUUUGAUCCAUGCAACCUUCUAAAUCGUUUAUAUUCAAAUUUGGAUUGUCACUGUAAUAAUAUUAUUUAUUCAUAAAUUACACAUUAACUAUA